UUUGGGCCAAGGACUGGGUGUGUUGAGGGGCAGAAACUGGAGGAUCAGGAGAGAUGGGCUGUGAAGAGGAUAAGGAAAAGGUUGGGACCAGUAUCGCAGUACAUGGUUGAAGGGAGUAAUCGUAAUGUAGGAAAGGAUAGGAUUUUAAACAGUAGUGUUGCUGUCUUAAUCACCAUUAAUACUGUAUCAUAUUGUGCUGUGUUUAUUGUCCAUGCUAUUUAUUACAAAAAUGAAUUGUCUGAUGGGUGUCAGGUUCAUGGAUUUGGGUAAGGCAGUGUCUGCUGUGAAAAGAGACUGGGCUGUUAAGGAUCUUUGUGUGUGUUUUUGUAGGGGGAGGUGAAAGUGACAUUAUGGGGUGAGAACUGGAGCAGAAGCAGGGGGAACAGAAGUUUAUGGGCUACUAAGGGAGAUGUGGAAAUGUAUUGGGGAGAGGUUGAGGCAAUUGACAGGUGUGUAUAGGCAGCACUGGGUUUAAUACUCCUACACACAUAUGUAGUUACUGGGUAGAGUGGAAGAAGAACUGAAGGCAACUGAAAAAAGCUAGGGAGAUAUUUGGAAAAGGGAGAGGCGGGUGAGACAGCAAAAAAGGAGGAUGUGACAGAUGAGGAAGAAGGUGCUGAAGGGAUGUCCUUUGUUGUCUUUGUUGGGGAGCAGCACUCUGGAAAAGAUGGCGGAUGUUGAUGUUUGUGCUGGUGGGGAUAGCACCAGAAGAAAAAUGGAUGCUCUAACAGAUAGCGCAGCUGAGAUCGUUCCGUUGGAGCUCUAUGAUUCAGCUCGAGCAAAAAUAGCUGCUAAUCUACAAUGGAUCUGUGCUAAAGCCUAUGGAAUAGAUAACAUCCCAGAUGAACUGAAGGACCCAUUUUAUAUAGAUCAGUACGAGGAAGAACAUAUCAAGCCACCUGUCAUCAAGCUGUUGCUGUCCAGCGAGCUCUACUGCCGUGUCUGCAGCCUCAUUCUGAAAGGGGAUCAGGUGGCUGCUCUGCAGGGACACCAGCCGGUCAUCCAGGCUCUGUCUCGGAAAGGGAUUUACGUCAUGGAGAGUGAUGAUACACCUGUGUCUGAAUUGGAUCUCAGCUGUGCGCCAAUCAAAAUGAGUCCUCACAUGGCAAUGAUUGAUGCCCUCAUGAUGGCCUACACUGUGGAAAUGAUCAGCAUAGAGAAGGUGGUAGCAAGUGUCAAAUGUUUUUCUACAUUUAGUGCCUCAAAGGAAUUGCCCUAUGAUCUGGAGGAUGCAAUGAUAUUCUGGAUUAAUAAGGUGAACCUGAAAAUGAGAGAGAUAACAGAAAAAGAAGUCAAACUAAAACAGCAUUUAUUGGAAAGCCCAGGUCACCAAAAGGUACGUUAUCGCCGAGAUCACCUUUCAAAUAGACAGUUACCAUUUUUCCCAUUGCUUGAAGACUUGAUGAAGGACUGCAGUGAUGGAGCUGCUUUAUUGGCUGUGAUACAUUAUUAUUGUCCCGAACAUAUGAAGCUAGAUGAGAUCUGCCUAAAAGAGGUAACAUCGAUUGCUGACAGCAUCUAUAACAUCCAGCUGCUUCGGGAAUUCUCAAAUGAAUAUCUUAGCAAAUGUUUUUACCUCACACUGGAGGACAUGCUGUAUGCGCCUUUGGUCCUAAAGCCCAACAUGAUGGUCUUCAUCGCUGAAUUAUUCUGGUGGUUUGAGAAUGUUAGGCCAGACUUUGUGCAGCCCAGGGACCUCCAAGAAGUAAAAGAUGCAAAAACAAUGUUGCAGCAGAAGAGUAGCUGCCUGCCUGUUCCUAUUUCCAACGCAACGAAACGCAGUUUCAUGGUGAAUCCAGCUGCUUCCAGUUCAGCUGAUGUACAACUCCCAGUUCAGCUCCCUUUGGAGUCUUGCAACAGGUAUUCCCUGCAUCCUGAAGAAUUUGAGUAUCUCGGAAAAGGAAACCCUGCCUUCAGCCCAUCCCAUCCAUUGCUGCCUUUGAGACAAAAACAACAGAAGUCCCUGCAGGGGGAGGACAGUUCAGAUCAACGGCAUCGUUCUAAUUCAUUGACAAGAGUAGAUGGGCAGCCACGGGAGUCAAUCCUUGCAUGGCCAGAGAAGAAGCAAAGACCUGUUUCUCAGCCAGCACCAUUUGCACUUCAUUAUGCUGCAAGCAGUGAUGCAGACCCCAGUUCUGGUGACAGCAUUAGCUUGGCUCGGUCAAUCAGCAAGGACAGCCUAGCAUCAAACAUUGUCAACAUCACUCCAAAACAGCAGCCUCAGUCUGCACCAGUGAAAAGUGAUGGGAAAAGUUUGCUGAACAAUGUAGAAAUAGAGGAUGAGGAUGAGGAUGAAGAAUUGAUCGCAGUAAUCUGCCCAGAUGCUACACUGAACCAUGGCAACCUGGAACUUCAGAGUGUGCCAGCUAGAUCACCUAGUCAAGUUGCAACUGCAUGGGCUCAGAAAUCACAAAGCGAAGCCUGCAAAAGCAAGACAGAUAGCUUUUUCCUUGAGCCUUUAAUGCCUGCUAUUCUACGACCAGCAAAGGAAAAGCAAUCCAUCAAUAAGGAGGAUGAAUGUGGGGAAGGAAAGAAGAGAGGCUUUGUAUCAAAGAGAGUGAGUGAGGGGCCCAUGGCUUUAGUCCGUAAGAAAGCCAAUAAUAAUCAUGCAGAUCACAUCCUCAGCAGAACUUCUAGUUCAGAAUUAUCAGCAGUUGCUGGUUCCAGCAUAGCAGAUCCGUCAGUGCACUCAGAAGUCAGAGUAGAGCCCUUCCAUCCCCAGACAAUUAGUAGCUUAGAUACUUCAUCUCUAGAACAGUCCGCCACCAAAGCACACGAGGAUAUAGCUUGCAGUACAAAUGUUGGCUACAUGAAAAGUCCAAAUUCUCGCAUUGCAGACACCUCAUGGACAAUGAUCAGGCAAGAUUCUGAUUCAGACAUUCUGGAUAUGGAGGAAGUCGAACAAGAUUUAGUGUCAGACGACCAUCCAAUAAUUGCCAAGUAUAUAGGAGAAGAGGAAUCAGCAAAGCUGCAAGAAGACAUGAAGGAUAAAGAACAUGAGGAUAAAGAUGAUGCCAGUGGACGUUCAAGUCCAUGCCUAAGUACUAUUUCUCAGUUAAGCAGCUCAUCCGUGACCAGUGGGAGUGCCAGAAUGACUAACUUUGCUGAACGGAAGCUUCAUAGAUUGAACAACUAUGAAACAAAAUCCAGCACAAGCAGCUCACAGAAGACCACACCAGAUGGAUCAGAGUGUUGUCCUGCCCUGUUGACCACAUGGAAGCAGAAGAGGGAGCAAAGCCCCAACAGGCAGAGCAAAGAUAAUGUUAACCUGCUGGCUUCUGAACUGGUCCAGCUUCAUAUGCAGCUGGAGGAGAAGCGGAGAGUGAUAGAGGCUCAGAAGAAGAAGAAGGAGGUGUUGUCGGCCAGGCAGCGGUUAAAACUCGGCAAGGCAGCAUUCUUGGGUGUGGUGAAGAAAGGGAAAGGGGCUGAAGUUGCUCAGCCACUUAAGCCAGAGCACUUCACGAAGGAGUAUUCAAGACACAAUGGGGAAGGCUUGGAUGCUACUUUGAACUCUGAAUCUGAGGCCAUCUUCAUGAAAGAGGAAGGAGAUGAAGAGACUCUUGAUGCUCUUGAAGUGCCCAAAGUAAAGGCCCAAGAAACUGUUGCUUUCAUUGAGCAAAACAAUCCAAAAGAACCCAGUAUACAUGAAAUAGAGAAAAAUAAAAUGAUUUCUGCUGCACUUCUAGAAGAGAACAUCGAAUCUUCUGAAUGUGAUCUCCCCAUUGAGAAACUAAAUGAAGUGAUCAGUGCCCUCCGGCAAGAUAUCCUGAAGAUUUCUCGGCAACAAGAGCUUCUCAUGAAACGGCCAACGGUAUCGUCACUGAGAGGCGUCUCUCAGGACCAAAAGAUAAAAGCACCAGUUCAUUUUGUUGAAGCUCUGUCUCCUACUGACAUGAGUAGUCUCCCUAAGCCACCAUGUCUCAGUCAAGGACGGAGUCCUCACUCGGGGAGACCAUCUGAACUGAAAGAGGGUAAGGAGCGUCAGCAAGCCAUGAUGCACAUCAAAACCCUGACUCCUAGCACUGACACCUUGCCACACUUAAGGCAGUUCACAUCAAACAAUUCAUCCAAGUCCCCGAGUGAAGCUACUGUCGAAAAUAAUUUUGACCUGGACAGCACUAGAGAGAAACAGCGAGCAGGAUUUACCCUGUCCACUUCCAAAGACACAAUUAUCCUCUCUGAGGCUCUCAAAGAUGUGAAUAGUAACAUAGAAGACAUUAGCUGUGCUUCUUGUGAUAGCUCAAGGAAAGAGAACAUCCCAACAGAGGAGUCCACGAGAAGCAAAGGUAGUCUUAUUGAAGUAGACCUGUCCAAUUUAAAAGCCCCAGAUGAAGGAGGAGAAGAUGAAAGCCAGGACAACGCCACAUGCCUGAUUGGUGAAAUUGAUCAGAAGUCAGGAGUUAUUAUUUUCUUUAAGGAUGGGCAGAAAGCAGAAGAUGAGCUUGCAAAGAAACGUGCCGCUUUCCUCUCGAAGCAGCAGCGCAAAGCUGAAGAGACACGCCUUAGGAAACUGCAGUUUGAAGCAGAGGCUGAACUAAAGAGAGAUGAAGCUCGUCGUAAAGCUGAAGAAGACCGCAUACGGAAGGAAGAAGAGAGAGCCCGGAGAGAGCUCAUCAAACAAGAACACUUGAGAAGAAAGCACCAGCAAAACUUGGAAGAACAAGGCCGUGGGAAGCCCAAGCCCAAGCCCAAGCCCAAGCAGCCUAGGCCAAUAUCUGUUCAUCAGGAAGAAUCCUAUAGCAAUUUGGAAAGAAAGUGUUCUUCUAUCCCUGAUAAUCUAAGUAGUGCUCAGUCGGGUUCUAGCCUGUCUUUGGCAUCGGCAACAACAACUGAACCUGAAAGUGUUAAUUCUGGUGGCGCACCUUCCAAACGAGUGAAAUCAAUGGAAACCUUGCCCAUAUUGAGCAGGAACCCAAGUCGAAACAUGGAGAGAGACUGGGAAAGCACCUCAGCAGCCUCUUCAGUUGCAUCAGUAGCAGAAUAUACUGGUCCAAAGAUGUUUAAAGAACCCUGUGGCAAGUCAAACAAAUCAAUUAUCCACAAUGCUAUUUCCCACUGCUGUCUUGCUGGAAAAGUGAAUGAGCCUCACAAGAAUUCUAUACUGGAGGAGCUCAAGAAGUGUGAUGCCAAGCACUACAUUAUUUUGUUCCGUGAUGCUGGCUGCCAGUUCAGAGCACUUUAUUGUUUCUAUCCUGAAACAGAAGAAAUCCACAAGCUGACAGGAACAGGGCCAAAGAGCAUCACUAAGAAAAUGAUUGACAAGCUUUAUAAAUAUAGCUCGGACAGGAAGCAAUUUAAUAUCAUUCCAGCCAAAACCAUGUCUGCCUGUGUAGAUGCUCUGACUAUUCACAACAAUCUGUGGCAGCCCAAACAACCUGUAGUGCCAAAGAAGACUCAAACUCACAAAUGACAUUACAGUUCAGUGGGAGACUAUUGUAGAUUUCAUCGCUGGGGAGAAAUGAGUUUCCUCACCCUCUCUCUGGUUUGGGUAUGAAAUGAGCAGAACCAUAAUCCCUUUUUUAAAAAAAGAAAAGAAAGAGGCUUAUUCAACGUGGAUGCAAGGAAAGAAUGAAGGAACAGCUUCAGUGUUCUUUUUGUUUGUUUGUUUUUGGUAUGAAUGAUAAAAUGGCUGUUAUACCCAUUGAUAACCAGGGAGGCUUUUCACAUGAGGGAAGGUGCAUGUAAGAAGAAUGGAUUUCUUUUUACUUGAAGUUCUUCAUUGGUACAGAUUGGGACAUCUUUUCUUGUUCCUCUCCUUCCCGCAAUCACUCUUGGAAGAAGCUGGAGAACAAGAAACUGGGCACUGUGGCAGGUUUUCAAGGAAUAUCUUUUAGACUCUGGAGACUUGAUAACAUACAAACAAUUGGUACUUGUCCCUACUGCCAAACCAGGCUCUGACUUGUGGAAGGAAAAGGAAAACACUCCAACCCGAGCCCCUUGCUGCUCAGAACCAAGUUUACCUAAAGUAUCAAAUCAUUUUUAAAAGCACUGAAAACUCUAAAAUUCGCCUUUUUUAAAAAAGAAAGAAAAUGGAGGACUUAUGCAAAUAAUCAUGGCUGAACAUUUCUGCAACGCAAUCAUGAAGAGGCAAACAGGUGCUACUUGUUGGAAUAUUCCCAAUUUGAAACUUGAGGCAAGCUGAAUGGAGUACAGUCAACAUUGCUUUUCUGUUUCAAGUAGUAUCCUAACAGGAUUUUUUUUGUCUUUUUAAUAAAGACAGAUUUUAUUGAAAUAGUAGAACAUCUUCACUCAGAGCAUGUUACUCCUGUAUAAUGGUGCACUUAAUGAUCACAAAUUUUAAUGCUCUUAAAUUAUGUCCUGAAAUGUAAUUUUCAUUUGUUUUGUCUUUUCUUUUUGCUUUGAAUGAGUACCAUGCUCUAAAAUGGAGUGUGUUUUUUGUUGUUGUUCUUUGUUGUUUCAACUUUUUUCUUUUGUGGCAAGAGUAUAUACUAAUAAAGGAUAAAAUAAACCAGUUUCCAUAUACUAACAAUUUUCAAACCUGCAUUUUGUUUUUUCGAAGGCUCAAUCUGAUGGUUUGUUUUCCUUUUCCAUAUUGAAAUAUUGAAUAAUAAUAAUAAUAAUAAUAAUGUAUUUAUACCCAGCCCAUCUGGCUGGAUUUCCCCAGCCACUCUGGGAGGCUUCCAACAAAAUAUUAAAAUACAGUAGUCCAUCAAACAUUAAAAGCUUCCCUAAACAGGACUGCCUUCAGAUGUCUUCUAAAAGUCUGGUAGUUGUUGUUCUCUUUGACAUCUGGUGGGAGGGCGUUCCACAGGGUGGGUGCCACUACUAAGAAGGCCCUCUGCCUGGUUCCCUGUAACUUGGCUUCUCGCAGUGAGGGAACUGCCAGAAGGUCUUCUGCGUCUGGGCAGAACGAUGGGGGUGGAGACGCUCCUUUGGGUAUACAGUGGUAACUCGGGUUACAAACGCUUCAGGUUACAAAUGCUUCAGGUUACAGACUCUGCUAACCCAGAAAUAGUACCUCGGGUUAAGAACUUUGCUUCAGGUUGAGAACGGAAAUUGUGCUCUGGCGGUGCGGCGGCAGCAGGAGCCCCCAUUAGCUAAAGUGGUGUCUCAGGUUAAGAACAGUUUCAGGUUAAGAAUGGACCUCCGGAAUGAAUUAAGUUCUUAACCAGAGGCACCACUAUACUGGAUCGAGGCCAUUUAGGGCUUUAAAGGUCAGCACCAACACUUUGAAUUGUGCUUGGAAACGUACUGGGAGCCAAUGUAGGUCUUUCAAGACCGGUGUUAUGUGGUCUCAGCGGCCGCUUCCAGUCACCAGUCUAGCUGCCGCAUUCUGGGUUAGUUGUAGUUUCCAGGUCACCUUCAAAGGUAGCCCCACGUAGAGUGCAUUGCAGUAGUCCAAGCGAGAGAUAACUAGAGCAUGCACCACUCUGGCGAGACAGUCUGUGGGCAGAUAGGGUCUCAGCCUGUGUACCAGAUGGAGCUGGUAAACAGCUGCCCUGGACACAGAAUUGACCUGCGCCUCCAUGGACAGCUGUGAGUUUAAAAUGACUCCCAGGCUGCACACCUGGUCCUUCAGGGGCACAGUUACCCCAUCAGGACCAGGGAGUCCACACCUGCCUGCCUCCUGUCCCCCACAAACAGUACUUCUGUCUUGUCAGGAUUCAACCUCAAUCUCUUGGCCGCCAUCCAUCCUCCAACCACCUCCAGACACUCACACAGGACCUUCACCGCCUUCACUGGUUCUGAUUUGAAAAGAGGUAGAGCCCAAACCCCCUGAUAAUCUCUCCCAGAGGCUGCAUGUAGAUGUUGAAAAGCAUGUGGGAGAGGAACCCACAAGUGAGAGCCCAGGGGUCUGAACACUCACCCCCCCCCCCACUUUCUGAACACAGCCCAGGAGGAAGGAGCGGAACCACUGCAUGGCAGUGCCCCCUGCUCCCAGCCCCUCUAGACGGUCCAGAAGGAUGUUAUGGUUGAUGGUAUCAAAAGCCACUAAGAGAUCCAACAGAAGUAGGAAACAGCACUCACCUUUGUCCCUAGCCCGCUGGAGAUCAUCGACCAGUGCGACCAAGGCAGUAUCAGCCCCAUGAUGAGGCCUGAAUCCCAACUGGAAGGGAACCAAAUGGCCCGCUUCUUCCAGGUGUGCUUGGAGUUGUUCAGCAACCACUCGCUCAAUCACCUUGCCCAAGAAUGGAAGAUUUGAGACUGGGCGAUAGUUGGCCAUACUGGCCGCGUCUAAGGAUAGUUUUUUAAGAAGCAGUUUGAUAACAGCCUCUUUCAGCGGGUCUGGGAAGGCUCCCUCACAGAGAGAAGCAUUCACCACCCCACGAAGCCUAUUGCCCAGCCCUUCCCAGCUAGCUUUUAUAAGCCAGGAUGGGCAAGGGUCAAGGAGACAGGUGGUUGGUUUCACUCGUCCAAGCAGCCUGUCCACAUCCUCAGAGGUAACAGAUUGGAAUUGAUUCCACGCAACUUGACUAGGCAGGACUCUAGCACUCUCCCGCCCUGGCCCUGCUCCCACUCUUUCCAAAUCCGAGCGACUUUAUCUGCAAAAAACUUAGCAAAAUCAUCGCAGGAGAUCUGUUAUGACCUUAAGGCUGUUUGUUUUCCCCACUACAAAAAAUAACUUGUUUGUGUCUAUGUCUAAUGAGGGCCAUUUUGAUUACUGAUAAUUAUAAAGCAUGUCUGUUCGCUCCCCACCCCCAAGCUCACUCUGACUCAGCUGCCCAGAAAUUUAUUUUUAGGUUACGACUUUGGUUUGCACAUAUUUUACUUCUACUUGAAGUGUUACUUGAAUGUGUUUAGUGUACGGCAGCCCAGCCAGAUGGGCUUGGUAUACCGGUAAAUAAUAAAAUAAUUAUUAUUCUUAGUGCAAAGGAUACUAUGCCAACAUUAGAGAUUGAACAGUUGAAACUCCAAAACACAGUCCAGUGUAAUUUUGUAAUUAAUCUAGACAUAAUAAUAAUUGGAAUUAAAGUGAGUUUUGUACAGAAGUGGUGAGAGAGAGGGUAGUGAAUACUAACUAGAGAAAUAAGAAUGAAGGUCUAUUGCAGUCUUAUUGGUUCCAUCCCCUUGCAGUACAUUUAGGUCAGCUGUACAUUUUAUUUAAUAGUUGGCUACCCUGUAAGAAAGGAGAUGCUUUAUUAUUUCUAAAAGUAUUCAACACUGUCAUGAGUGUAACUUUUUUCUGUUACAUGCUUUAUUUCUGACUGUUUGAUAUUAUACAACAUAUUUAUUUUAUGGAAGCACUGAAUCUUAAUAAAAACCAUCACCUAAUUUUUGUUAUUCCAUGCAUCAUCUUUGUUGUUUCUGUUGGACGCCUCCCUUAUGCUGAGACACAGACACAUGGCUUUAUUGGUGUGCUUUGCAUUUUGUUUGAAGUGGUUCUUAAACUAGGGAUUGGGAACCUGAGGCACUCCAGAUGCUAUUGGACUCCAACUCCCACCCACCCCAGCCAGCAUGGGUAGCAGUCAGAGUCAGGGAUGAUAAGAGUUGUAACUGAGCAAUAUCUGAAGGACCACAAAGUUGUCGUCCCCCCCCCCCCAUUAAAGCAAAGUUGUCAUGACCUAUGGAGAGCAAGUAGCAUGGUAUUCAUCCCAGCUGGUGGAGCUUAAAUAAUGAGCUGAAAACCAAGUUUACACUUUGUUUUCUGUGCUUCAUCUGGAAAGACCCUGAUGGGUUCCUGUAAAAGAGGUGUCUGAGUCUGCAAGUAAAGAAUCUAGAAGGAAUUCCAGAGUUUGCUCCCUGAGUAAAAGCUUUAUGUUUGUUAGAACUUGUGCCUUUGGGAGAUGUCCAGUAUGCAUGCCUCAUAGUGUUCCCCUUAUCAUGAAACAAGUCUGUGACAUGUCCACGAUUUUUACAUACCAUUGUAGCUUAAACUCUGGAUUCAUCUACCAGCUUUAUUCCUGAGCUAUAAUGGGCAGCUGCUCCCCCUUCUUCCUUUUUGGCGUUUGAAUUAUUGGGGGAAAGUCACAAGGCAUGAGUAUAUAUUUGCAACCUUCAUAUUGCUUUCACAUCCAAGUAAGGAUUAGCAGCUUUAUUUACAAGAAAUAAACCUUUUUCGUAUUUGGCUGUACAGUUCAGGUGGAAUUCUUGCAUGUAAAACAAAGAUGGAGCUCAUUUUGUGUAGUUGUUAGGCAUUGUUAGAUUCUAACAAUAUGAUAAAUAGUCAUCUUUUCUAACAAUGUGAUAAAUAGCCAUCUUUUAGCCUCAGACCUUCUACCAUCUGCACUAUGAGGAAAUCUGGCCUCUUUUACAAAGGAGAACAGGAGAAGGCAAGCAUAUUAUGCCUUCAGCAAGAAACUUCUGAAACUUCUAAGUGGCUUCUAAGAUGACUAACCAUCUCAAAGCUAGCCCUAAGCAUGUUUACUCAAAAGUCUCCUUAAGUUCAUUGGAACUUCAUAAGUUCAUUUAGGAUUACUGUUUCUGAGUACUUUAUGAACCUUGAAAACAAAAGUGAAGCUGAGUUAGAGUAUGCUCAAUUUUGUGUGUGAAGGCUAUGUUUUCCCGGUCCGACCUGGCCACAGUGAUCGUUGCGACCGUCAUCUCCAGGCUUGACUACUGUAACUCGCUCUACGCGGGGCUGCCCUUGAAACUGUCCCAGAAACUCCAGCGGGUGCAGAAUGCUGCAGUGAGGCUCCUCAUGGAGUCCUUGCCAUGGGAGCAUAUUCACUCAGUGCUUUACCAGCUGCACUGGCUCCCAGUGGAGUACUGGGUCAGGUUUAAGGUGCUGGUUUUGACCUUUAAAGCCCUAUGCGGCCUAGGGCCUUCGUACUUACAGGACCGCCUCUCCUGGUAUGCCCACAGAGGACCCUAAGGUCCGCGAAUCAUAACAGCCUAAGGGUCCCAGGCCCUAAAGAAGCCAGAUUAUCCUCCACCAGGGCCAGGGCCUUUUCAGUGAUGGCACCGACCUGCUGGAAUGCUCUGUCCCAUGAGACUAGGGCCCUGCAGGACUUGAUCUCCUUCUGCAGGGCCUGUAAGACAGAGCUGUUCUGCCUGGCCUUCAAUUUAGCCUGAUCCUCCAUUCCUUUUUCCCUCCCCUUUUUCUAUGAAGAAACCUUUCUGGGUCCCCACAUUUAAAUACUUGCUGGCCUUAGCAGGACUAACGUGGCUAGUUAGUGCUGGCAAUGCUAUAUUUAUGUUGUAUAUUAUGCCGCCCUGAGCCCGGGGUGGGUGGGUUAUACAUAAAAAUUAUUAUUAUUAUUAUUAGUUUUUAAACACUGGUGAUAGUAAGUGAUCUUACUCUUUGGACAGUGUGAUUUACUCCCUACUAAAUGUCACACACCACUACUUGGUCAUCUGCUUUGCAUGCAGCAGAUCCCAGGCUCAGUCCUUGGCAUCUCCAAGUAGGGCUGGGAAAUUCUGAAACCUGGGGGAUCCAGCCACUGUAGAUUGUACUGAACUAGAUAGACCAGUGGUCUGAUUCAGUAUAAGCCUAAGGCAACUUCCUAUGUACUUGUUUUAAAACUAAGGCUGUGACAUAUCUUUUUAUAGUAGCAACUUCUCCAACCCCCUUACCCCUCUUAUUUGGCUGUGCAUGCUACAUAGGGAAACUUUCUAUUGGCUUCAUGGGAAGACUUCCUUUGUAGCUGCUUAACUUCAGACUUACUGGCAUUAUUGAGAAUAGGGACCAUUUGAAACAGUUUUUUGGUUCACAAGUAAGUAGAAAUCCAAACCACCCUGGCUUAGCCCCCCAGUCCUGAACACAGCACAAUGGAUCUUUGAAAGGUUUCUUUUAAAAAACCCCAACAACCCCGAAAGCCAACCAUCCUCAGAUAUGCAGGUAAAGGACAUCAUACAUCACUUGACAAUGCCUGUCUUAUUUCCCCAAGGGGAAAGGUUACCUGAGUGGCUGAAAACAAGAAAAGCACGGAGAUGACUCGUAGGUUGCUUAUUUUGGGCAUAGCGCACUGUUCAACAAAAUUAGGGCUGCUAAUAAUUACGCAGUUUAAAAAUACCAAGAAACAGCCUCGAGGUUAGUUCAGAUAUUUCAAAUACUGUUGGGAAGCGGUGGGUGGCAGCAAUGGAUUGCAAAUAUACUACUUUACCACAGUAGUGUAAGAAGUGGCCAAGGCUUUCCUCCCAUUGAGUGCAAGCCUAGUGGAGUGUGUUUGCAGUCCUUGGGUGUUCCGAACAGUGCAUAUAGCCUGCCAAGUUUUUUACUGCUUAGUCCAGUCACUUCAUCGAGGUCCCUGAAUAACAAAAUUCUUUUAUUAAAAACUGGAAUAGGGAACCUUUGGCCCAUCAUCCCUCACCAUUGGCCAUCCAACAGCACCUGAAGUGUCCCAGGAUUUGCCAUCCCUGCUUUAUAACAAAGAAAAGUUUGGCUUGCAGGAAGACCUGGCAGGAAGAUCUGGUCUAUGCAAAUAUUAAAUCAGGUAGCAAAACUUAUCAGGAAAACAUUUUUGUAAUACUAGCCUCCUUUAAACCUAGCUUUGUACAUGAAUAUUUUUCCUUCCUGAACUGGGCACCACUGUCAUAGUUAAAGAGCUAAACUCAGCUGCCUGUUCAUGAGAACAAUUUCUCAUUGGGACAUAUUCAAGAUCUCUGAUGUUACAAUGCACUUUUAAAAUUAGUUUUUGCUCCCUCACAUUUCAGUUCAGGCUUGCCAGUGGCUUCUGCUAAGUUUGCUGUUAGUGUAGAGGGAAUGAUAGGCACCUUUAUAUAUUACAUACAAAACCUAAAGGAUAUGCAGCAUUAAGAACAUCGAAAGAGCCCUGCUGGAUCAGGCCAAAGGCCUAUGUAGUCCAGUAUCCUGUUGUCACAGUGUCAGCCAGAUGCCCCACUGGGAACUCCACAAGCAGGGCCUAGCUUCAUGGGAAGAUACUCAGUAUCCUGGAAAUCUGAUUCAGUGAUCGUAUGAUUUCUAAGGUUGUCAAUAGGAGAUUGCCUUAUUAUUAUUAUUAUUAUUAUUAUUAUUAUUAUUAUUAUUAUUAUUAGCACACAGCGUCUGCUUUCUAAAAAGAAAGUUGGCAGCCAAGAAAAAGGAGCAGCUGCAAUUAGAGACUUAAGAAUAGGUUUGAUGGAGCAGCAUUUGUUUAUAGAUUCCAAAUAAAUGAAUUGGUCAAUGACUUAAUAAUUUCCUUGGUAGCUAUUUUGGGUUAUGGUGGACAAGCCUGCUGUACCCCUUUGAAGUGAACUACCUGCAAAAAAUGUCAGCGCUGACAUUCCCCUCUUGGCUUACGACUGGUAGUUUGGGAGGGCAGCAAACUUUUAGCUUCUCAUCACUAAUCCCUUUAUAAUUGAG